AUGGAAACACCAAGGGCACUCAAACUCAUCCCUCUGCCCGAGCUCUCCAUUACCUCCCAGGAGUUGUCAGACUUUCAAGCCUGGAACCAUGGCAUUUGGUUCCAUUUGAGCUACUACAGCCUUGAUGGUUUUCUUCGGGAGAACAAGAGCGAUGAUGAGCGUAGAGUUGUGGUCAGAAAAAGAAAGUACAAUGACGCCGUCCCCGACGCCCCAGUUAUCUCUGACGAGAACCGUCGUCGUUGCCUUCUCGCGUACUCCAUCAUCUGGUCUUCAGUCAAGGACCUUAUCCCUUCCGUGGAGCGUAGUUUGAACAAAAGGCUGUGCGAUCAUGUUCAAUUUGACCCUAUGAAGCUUUGGCAGCUGAUUCUGGAAUACUUCAAGUUCCGCUUCCCAUGGGAGGACAUGGAGUUUUCUUCUACAACCUAG